AUGUUGUUGAAUGUUCUAGGGAAGGAAGUGAAUUCUUUAAUAUCAAGACCUUUGAUAAGACAUGGGUCAAAAAAAGUCAAGCAUAAGGUACCAGAAAAAAUACCAGUUCAAUUAUUGAAAGAUCAUCCAACAGUAGGAUUACAAGGGGAAAUAGUAAGAGUCAGACCUGCUUUCAUGAGAAACUACUUGCACAGAGGUAAUGGUGCUUGUUACCUUACCAAAGAACAAGGACCACGUAUUCCAGUCGUUGAAAAAUCCAGACAAAAGGAAAGAAAGCCAGUGGUUGAAGCUAAGAAUGAAACCAAGAUAGUCGAACAAGUACAGAACCAGCAAGAUGAAUCCAAUACCGGAGCAAUGUCCUUGGACGAAUUAUCGAAUUUAUUUAACACCAUGAAGAGCAGCAGAAAGACCAAGCAAGGUGCUGAGACCAACGAACUGCAACAGGCUUUCGAGGCAAGUACACAGGAAAUUGCAUACACUGCAACUGAAUUACAACAAGCUAUUCCAAGGGUACACACUGUUUUGUUGAACGAGACUGUAAAGCUUCCUAUCGACAAGUCUUAUGUGGCAUCCUUAAUCUACGACAUGGCUGGUGUCCAAAUCCCUCAUGCGUCCAUCAAGAUAAGCACUCCUGAUAAUAGUAGGGCUUUGCUUAAUGAAAUCACUGCUGUUGGUGAUUAUACGUUGACUUUAGAAGUUCCAGGUGACAGAAAUGGUGUUCAGAGAACGCUUAGAAUUCAAUAG